CUGAGGGGGAGGAGCCGCUGCCGCCGCCGCUCAGGGUGCAGCGGGUGGGCGGUAGUCUGGAGACAGAUGGAGCGGGACUUGCUUCGCCAGGCACUGGGCUUCCACGGGCCGCCGCUGCUUUCCCUGCUCCACGCCGAACAGCAGGACAAUCCCGACUUCGGCGGCCUGCUCCCCCCGAGCGGGGCCUGCUUGGAAUCGCUGUCGUCAGCUAGAAAAGAAAGAGGGAUUGAAAAUAUUGAGAUACAACAAUUCAUUUCAAAAAAAGCUGAUCUUCUUUUUUCUCAAUCUUGGAAAACAAAUGUGACAAUAGUAAAAGAUGAAAAUGAAGAGAAUGAAAAUUGUUAUGCUAUUAUGCCACCGUUGGAGCAGUUUAUGGAAAUUCCCGGCGCAGAGAGGAGAGAGCUCUUUUUCCGGGAUAUCGAACGUGGCGACAUAGUGAUUGGAAGGAUUAGUUCUAUUCGUGAAUUUGGCUUCUUCAUGGUGCUGUUCAGCCUACGAAGCGGCGUUGUGCGAGACAUAGCAGACUUAGAAAUCACGGCGCUUUGUCCGUUAAGAGAUGUGCCUUCCCAAAGCAGCCACGGGGAUCCCUUAUCAUAUUAUCAAAAUGGUGACCUUAUCCAAGCUGCCAUCAAGGAUAUUGAUCGCUAUCAUGAAAAGCUCAGUGUAUCCCUGCACAAGUCUGCUUUAUCUCCCAGCUUAGCAAAUACCAAAUUAGGAGUCAUCAGCUCUGAAGAUUUGCCUGUGCAUUACAGGAGGAGUAUUGACAUAGCCAGUAGCUUGGAAACGUAUGAAAAGGUUUUGCAUAAUUCUUUGGGCUUUGCCAAUCCAGCUAUAGUGGAGUUCCUAGGAAGCAAAUUAGGACUAGAUGAAUCCAGCCCGCCCUCCUUAAUGAGAGGACUACAAAGCAAAAAUUUCAAUGAAGAGGAUUUUGCUGUUGCAUUGAGGAAAAGACAGUCUGCUUCAUGGGCCUUAAAAUGUGUAAAAAUCGGUGUUGAUUAUUUUAAAGAGGGCCGCCAUGUUGAUGCCAUGAAUGAAUACAACAAGGCAUUGGAAAUAGAUGCCCAAAAUGUUGAAGCCUUAGUAGCCCGUGGAGCACUCUAUGCAACAAAGGGAAGCUUGAAUAAAGCAAUUGAGGAUUUUGAAAUUGCUUUAGAGCAGUGCCCCACGCAUAGAAAUGCUAGAAAAUACCUUUGUCAAACGCUUGUUGAACGAGGAGGCCAGUUGGAAGAGGAAGAAAAAUUGUUGAACGCCGAGAGUUACUACAAGGCGGCUUUAAACAUAGAUGAAGGCUUUCAAGAAGCUGAAGAGGCCCUGUUGAAGCUCCGUCAACAGAUACAGAAAUCUCUGGAAAUUAGAGAGAAACAAGCUGCAAAAGAGGAGAGGCAGAAAGAAAAGAAAGUAGAAACAAGUGCAGAAAAACUGCGUAAACUCUUAAAAGAAGAAAAAAGGUUGAAGAAGAAAAGAAAAAAGUCAACUUCCUCUUCCUCCUGUGAUCCUUCAUCAGAUGAUUCUGCCUCUUCCUCCUCCUCCUCUUCCUCCUCCUCCUCCGAUAACAAAAAGCGUAAGAAAAGGAGUCGGAACCGGUCUGAAUCUUCCUCCAGCUCUAAAAAACACACCUCUAGGAUGUUUUCCCAUCCUAGUAGGAAAGAGGACAGCUAUUCUCCUCCUGCCAAUACCUCUGCUUCUUUCCUUAACCAAAAGCACGAAGUGGAAAAAUUGUUAGAGAGGCAAGGCAGGCUAGCUAAUCAAAAACCCGAGGUAAGAGACAGAGAAGGGGAUUGUGCGUUUUUAAAGAUGUAUGCCGAAGAUGACCUCUGUGGAGGUAAGUUUGAAGAUUCUAGGGAUUCUCGCCAUCACGCCAAGACUCGGGCAAAUAGUAGCAAGACCGAAAGACAGAGUAGGUCAGACCGAGCCUCGUCCGAUAGGAGGGAUAGCACGGGCUCCUACUACAGACAAUCUGAUGACCGAAAUAAGGCAAGUGACUCAGGAAGGCUGGAAAAAGAACUGGGCAGGAGGGAAGGUUAUCACAAGUUCAGCCCAAGCCAAGCCAAGUACUCCACGUCCCCCACAGGGUCGGAUUACUCCUCCAAAUCCGUCGAACGUUACAAACAGUAUACCAGCCGAUGGAUGAAUGAACCUAGUAGGUACAACGCAGAUGGUAGGGCUGAGGCGGCCCGGGGUAAAUGUGGGAAAGAAUCCAAGAACAGGGAAAAAGAUGCUCCGGGGGCCAAAGGAGGAGAUGAGGAAGCUUUGCUGAAUGGUAAAGAACAAUUAGGCAGCGGUGCUAAAAAACAGCUGCCUCAGAACUUACUCAAUAUAUUUAAUCAGAUUGCUGAAUUUGAAAGGGAAAAAGGAAGCAAGCAGAAAAAUCAGGGAGUUGAAGUCCACAAGUCUUAAUGGUGGACAAGGUUGAUAAAUAUGCAAGAGUUGUAUUUUUUUUUCAAUUGAGUUUCUUAUGCUGUUAGGGUAUUAAAGGUAUGGUGGCACACCUGGCUGAACAAUCUUUAAGGCUGUCACCUGUGCUAUCAGGCAUCGAAAUUGCACUUUAAAACAUUUCCCUCCCCCACAAGAAACAGAUGACUGUUACUUUGUACUGUUAAUAAUAUAACCAUGUAUUGAUAAAAUGAAAAUACUUUAAUGUAUAUCAUCGAUGUAUAUAGUCUGUCUUACUAUUAAAUUU